GGUGAGGAGAGGAGUUGCUUUUCUGUACCACUUUUCUCUCGUUCUCUGCGUCAAGGCCUCUCUGUCCAGGCUGUUCAGCCGCUGCGGGCACGUCCAGUCUGUGGACGUGUGUGACAAGCCAGGGCCCGGGGAAAAAAAAGACAAACCGAAGUCCAAAUUCUUCAACUGCCAAACUGUAACGGGAUUUCGAGUGGCGUACGUGGUGUUCAAGAAACCAGCUGGCAUCCAGGCAGCCAAGGCUCUGUCACAGGAAGGUCCCUUGCUGAUCUCAACAGAGAGUCAGCCCGUGAAAACCGGCAUUAGCAAGUGGAUCGCCAGUUAUGCGGCCUCAGUUGUGGAUCAGGAGGAGCUGAAGGCCGAGGUGGAUGCCUACAUGCAGGACUAUGACAAAAAGAUAGAAGAGGAAGAAGCCAAAGCGGCCAAGGAGGAGGGUGUUCCGGAUGAGGAGGGCUGGGUGAAGGUAACGCGGAGGGGCCGGAAGCCUGGUCUGCCCCGGACAGAGGCAGCCAGCCUGCGCCUGCUGGAGAAGGAGAAACAGAAAAGGGCCCGCAAAGAGCUGCUUAACUUCUAUGCCUGGCAGCAUCGUGAGACCAAGAGAGAACACAUUGCCCAGUUGAGGAAGAAAUUUGAGGAGGACAAGCAGAGGAUCGCACUAAUGCGAGCCCAGCGCAAGUUUCGGCCAUACUAAGCUGUGCUGAGCUACUCCUCAGGUGCUUGUGCUGGAGAGAGUGGGAGAGAUGCCUACGGACUCCGUGUGCCCAAGGAUUUCAAGGAACUGAGGCACCUUCAGGUUGUCCCUGCCCUUAGAUCUGAAAUGGGAGAUCCCAGCAACUGUUGCUGGAGGAGGAGUUUCUUUCUCUUGCACUGGAAUCCUCCUGCUCUCCUGGCCAUCGUUUGGCCCUGUG